AUGCAAAGGAUAGGGAAAGAAUUCGUUAAUUAAUCAGUGUAUAAAUAUCCUCAAACAAAACGAUUAUUAGAAUGGCUUACUAAAGACGGAUAUUUUAAACUGCGUAUGCAUAAAUCUAUUGAAUUAGAUAAAGUUUAUGAUGAUAAGUGGAAAGUAGAUAAAGGAUUCGGUUUAAGAGCAGCAUAAAAUAUAAAUGCAAAUGAAGAAAUAUUUUUAGUUUCUACAGAGAAUUGCAUAACUGGUCUUGAGCUGAUUGACUGCGAUAGAAUUAAGGCCUUCGAAAUCAAUAAGACUGUUAGCAUGAUUGCAUCUAAAUAUUAUGAAAAGAAUUUACCAUAGCUCUACUACACAUAAAAUAUCUUAAAAAUAAUCUGCUAAAUAUUUGCUCACAGCUCAGGUGAUUAAAUGAAAAUGUAUCCGUUUGCAAACACCCUUUUAGAGCAUUAUAAUAACCAGACCACUACAAAAAAUCCUCUUUUUUGGGAUAAAAACGCUAUUAAAGGUAUUUACUCAUCCAAUUUGGCUAGCAUUAUUAGUUCAACUUAGUCUUAAUUUGUCAGCAUGAACGAAGAUUUGCUCUAAAAUAGAAUGUUUGGAUUUAACUUAAGUAAAUUUAUUGAAAUGAUGUCAGUAGUUAGAAGCAGAAAUUUAAACUUUUGUCCUGAAUAGCCAAAAUUUUUUGAUAUAAAUUCUGUCGUUAUUAUGUCACCAGUUGUAGAUUGGAUAAAUCAUUCGUUUGAUCCAAAUUGUAAAUUGACAGGUGCUUAUUAUCAGCAUGAAACAGAGAGUUUUGUGGUUGUCAAGGCUGCAAAAGAUAUCAAACAAGGAGAAGAACUCACAGUAAAUUAUGGAAAUAUGAAUAAUAUGGAUUAUUUGAUGCGUUAUGGAUUUGUAAACUAAUCAAAUCCUCACAAUGAACUCUCUUUGACUUUAAACUUUGACGAUUAUCUUGAAUACACAUCCUAAUUGUUUGAUUUCAAGCAAAAAAUUUUCAAAACCCAAGAAGAUUUCUCACUAGAUAGAUUUAUUUUGUUCGAGAACAGAAUCAACAAAAACUUACUUAGAAGUUUAAGAAUAUACUUUUUAAAGAAUGAAGAUUUAUUGACAAAUCCAGAAAUAGCUUCAUAUAGAUAUAAAGAUUUUGAUAAGUAAAUCAGUACUGAAAAUGAGCUGAUUAUUUGCAAAUUCAUGAUAGAAACUUUGAAAAAAGAGUUAGAAAAGUACUAAAAAGCUAGAAUAAAUACAUUAGACAUGAAUUAACUCAUGCAUCCAAAUAAAAAGGACUAAAUAAUUAAUCUUGAUUCACAUGAGGAUUUGAUCUAUGUUUAAAAUUAAAACUAUCGUAACAUGCUCCAUAUAUGCAUAGAUGAGCAAACAAACAUUUAAAAAAAUAUUAAAUUCUUUGAAAAACAACUACAAAAUCUUGUUUGA